UGAAGCUCGAAAAAGACUUGGCCGUCGGCCCGACUCGAAAACCCCAACUCUAGUGCUAUUAUUAAAUAUUCCUCCAAAAUAUAAUUUUCUUCUUCCAAAAUAAUUUUUGUGACCAGAAGUAAAAGAACCUCGCAAGGAUCAAAAUUUAAUGUUUUUCGAACCUUCCCUCAUUCCAACUUCCCAAAAAAUUCCUUUUCCUCCCCCUUUCAAAAAAUUUUUUAGACUCUCAAUUUUUCAAUUUAAGGUUGAUUAUACAAUUCCUGAAUCAAGUCCAGUAAUAGGCUAUCCUUGUCGUUGUACAGCAAAAAAUUGUAAAAAUCCAGAAGGUAGAACAGAAUUAAAUGUUUUAAGAAUACGAACACAUUUUUAUCAAACAAUGAUGCGUUUAAAAGAUGCUACUAAAAAAUUUGGUAGGGCUAGUAUUUAA